AUUUUUUAUGACUAAAAAUCACCCAGGUUCGUUCUUCGGUGGUUCCUUACAGGCACUGGACUAGUGGCAGAGAAUGUUUUACAGAUAUCAUGAUGAUUACCUCUCGCAAGGUGUCUUUGUCGGUGACGAUGAGACCCUUGCUAACGCUCUUUUCCUUCUUUUCCCAUCUCGUAUGGUCACGGUUGACCUCGAUGUUUGUGAAAGCUAUCGGUAUCCCCUUGCAAGUCCCUUGGAUCGGCAUCGCAUACGCAACGCGUGGGACAUGUGGAAUUGGUUGGAAUUCUGGAAUUUCAGGCAUGCCAAGGAGUCGUGUUUGACGCCGAGGUCCACGUCAAUGAUGGCUGUUUUAAAAGCACGAUUUGGGCAAGGCUGGACGCCGCCCAGGGCCACCUUGGUGAGCUAAGCUAAUGUGGGAUUUUCAAUGAACAACUUCUGUACUAUAUUUAUAUCAUCGACGUUCAUACCAGCACUCUCUUAUAAUACUAUUUCGGACAAGCAAACUUUGCGCUGCAUCAGCAUGCUCACUUUGUGACUUCGGCACUUUUUCGAAAUGAAUUUCAAGGAAUUUGCCGGCAGUAGGGAAGCUGCUUAACCUCGGA